AUGAGCACUUCUCCCUCCGAAGCCGAUCGGAGCUCACCCGGCAGCGCAAGCUCUGUCUCAGCCGACGGUCUUCACAUUAUUGCCGAGGAAUCACCAUCCAUUGACGCCGCCGGACUUGUCUGUACCACCGCUUCCGCCGCAGCGGAGCGCACGGGCGAGGGUCGGAGUGGACCGCGUUCGAGAAACGGAUGCUGGACGUGCCGCACCAAGAAGGUGAAGUGUGACGAGCAGCGACCAAACUGUCAUCGUUGCACACGUCUGCGGCUCCUUUGCGACUAUGCACCUCGCGUCAAGCUUACAAAAAGGGGCAAAACACGCAAAGGUCGGCUCCUCUCGUCUCAACCCGGCGCAUCGUCUUCCUCGUCGGCUGGAGGAAAUGGGACGUCGCCCAGCUUGCCGACGUGGGUGCAGACAGUCUCCCAAUUAGACCAGUCCAAGGCUCUAUCGUUGUUCAAUCCGUCGGCUCCGGCUAUGGGGGCUUGCUCCCUUGAUCUUUCAUCAGCUGAUCACGAGGCAAUCCGGUACUUUCGCACAUCCUUUGCAAAGCAAAAUCACACCAAGAACCCCGACUACUCGCUGUACUCCAUCAUGUUCGACAUCGCUCAGACUGAUCCUAUGGUCAUGCAUGUGGUACUUGCCCUUGGAGGUCGGGAGUUGGAGUUCCGUCGCAACAAGGAUGCAGAAGAGGCACGUGGCCCAAAGACGCCCAUUCAGCAUUACUCUUCAGCACUCAGAUUGAUGGCCGACACCAUUGGUGGUGAGGACAAUGGCCAACUGGAUCUUGAUGCAGUCUGUACAGGAUUGUAUCUCAUGCUUCUUUACGAACAAAAGUAUGGGGACGGCAAGUGUCAAGGCUUGUCCAAUCAUCUCGCCGGCGCAAGCUUGAUACUACAACAUCGCUUCAAGCAUUUACUACUCCAGUUGCCAAACCCCUCGCCGGAGACGAACCGGAAAAGUUUAGCCCUCACGAGACGAGGACAAGAUGCAAAUGGGUCUCGCCUGUCACUUUACUCAGCACGGUUGCUUGUUUGGAUCGCAGUGCAUGAUGCCGCCGCCGCAUCAUAUGGUCUCGGCGGUCAACUGAACUGCGCUCUACACAAAAUCAUGGCUGCCCUUGAUGGCCCCAUUAGUAGCGGGAUAUCCAGCCCAUUCCAGCCGCUUAAAGCCUUCGAGAGAUUGCACCGCUUCUCUAAUCCAUUGUACCGGAGCAUGUGGGCUGAUUCGUACCCCCAGGCAGAGCUUCUCGACGACGUCGAGAAUCGGAAUGUUUUCGCUCUUCUGGGUGCCUGUGGCCAACUACGCUUCAUGAUUGCACAACUCGCUAAUCUUUCACACGACGACGAUAGUUCGCAGCAACAGCGCAUUAUGGUUGUCGAUAUGACUAUCCAGCAGGUGGGCUGGAAAUUCACCGAACUCCUCGAGGUUGCCGCAGAGCUAUCGAUCAGUACGGACAACUCCCAUCGACUAGUGGCUAAUAUUCGCGGCAUUGUGCCCCACUAUCAUGCCGUUGUUCUCGAAUUUCUUCGUUUGACACGAUUUGACGCCACGCCAAUGCUUUCAGCCCGUCAACGCAACGCUCUGAGGGAAAUCAUGAGUUUGGCUUUCCAAGCUUUCAAGCAUGAGGGUGACGAGUCCAUGACACGCAUAGCAUGGCCGCUUUUCAUGGUUGCUUUGGAGACAGACGACCUACUGCAUCGCGAAUGGGUUGUCAGCCGAUUUCAGGCUAUGAGUCGAUUUAGCAAGAAUCUCGACCGGGCACAUAUCUUCCUCAAAGACAUUAUCAAGAUGCAGAACAGUCUUGUGAGACGGGUAGACGUCCGCGAACGCUUCCAAUCCGGUGAGGUGGGCCUCUUCGUUAUCUGA